AUGCUUGCAACCUCGACAGAAACGACAUCAAAAUCUCCAACUUCGACAGAGGUUAUAACUGAACAUACAAUUCCAAGUAACACUCCAGGUUUGACUGAUACAAGUGAAUCAAUAGUUACAAGUGAAUCUACAGCCACUACUGAAAUUUCGACAGACGGGAUUACUGAACAUAUAACUGCACGUAUAUCUACAAGUUUGACAGGAAGUACAAUUACAAGUGAGUCUACAACUUCGAGUGAAAGGAUAGUAACAUCUGCAACUACAACUAAACAUGAAACCUCGACAGAGGAGGUAACUGACGCUACAGUUGCCCUCUCUACUUUGGCAGAAAGUGUAACUAAAGUACUAACUACAACACAGCAUACAACCUUGCCAAAGGGGCCAGUCGUGGUUACAGCUACAGAUGAAAUGAGAAGGUCAUCAGAAAGGACAAAUGAUUUAACGACUAGAAAUGAAAUUUCUAGCUCGACAGAGAAAACGAUAAACUCAAUUACUACAACAGAAUCUACAACUACAGCAGAAAGGAUAACAGAAUCGACCAUGACCUCGACAGGGGAGACAACAGAACCAACAGCUACAACAAAGCCUUCAGCUUCCAUAGAGAGGAUAAUUGCAUUAACUACAGCUGCAACUACAGCUACAAGUUACACACAAAAGAGUAUAGAAUCAACAACAUCGCAGGAGAGGAAACCAGAUCUGACAGAGGAAACAACUCAUCCUACAGCCUCGACGAAGACGACAACUGAGUCUACAACAUCAAGAGAGACAACAGCUGAAUCUACACUUAUAGAUGUACGCACAGCAUCGACACAGAGUAAUAUAGAAUCUGCACCUACACGAGAAAUUACACCAGUAACAUUGAUGGAAAAGAUAACUACGGAUGCAAGAAAUGAAAUUUAUGUAUUUUACACUUUUUCCGACAAAGAUAAAGCUACUGCUCCAGUAACAACAACGGCAGCUUCUGCUACCACUAGCAAUGAUAUAAAGGGCACAAUCAUAUAUUAUAACAGAAAUAUUCCACCAUCAAAGAACACUAUAUUGAUAAGGACAAUAGAAACAUCAACUUCAGCAGGGGAGUUAUAUGAGUAUACAACGACUCCUGCAGCUUCAGAGACUAUUACACUAUCAACAACUACAGAUCAUACAGUUUUGCUUGAGAGAACAAUUGAGUUGACAUCUACAACUGGACCUACAAGCUCAAAAAACAUAACAAUUACUCUGCAACUAAAAUUAAGAGCACAACUCCGACAGAGUGGAUAA